AUGAAGUGGUUCACAAGACUGUUCCGAGGAAGAUCAGAGAGACGGAAUGAAGCCUGGAAGGCGUUGGAGAGUUUUGACCCAAAUUUUAUUGAAACAGACUCUUCUAAGGAAGAGAAAGACAGAACGUGGAAGCCAAUGCAGAGGUUUGAAGAGAACUCUUCAAGUAUAGUCACAGUAGGAGAAGAAGUAUUCGCUUUGACUACGAUAAAGAAUUUCAGAUGUGACUCUAUCAGCGAGUAUGUCUUUGAAAGUGACUGGGUCUUCGUCACGAGGGAGAAGCUGAUGGAACCGAAAUUCCAACAGAAUCUAGCCAAAAGCCAGCUAAUGACGAAGCUGUGUAGGACUUUGAGUGAGAGGAGUGGAUGUGUGAAAACGUCCACCGUCGUUGCUAAACCGCCGAAGUGCCAUUGCGCAGAAUUAGAAACGGAAAGUGAAGUGCCAUACACGAAUCCGUUCCGACGGUUUUUGAAGAUAGUGUCUGAUAUGUGGAAGUGUCUGUGUAAGAGGAUCAAGAGUGUCUUCUGGGGCAACGAUGAGCCCAUACCGAUUGACGAAGAUGAUUUCGAUAUAACAAAUUCGUAUCUGUGUAGAAACUUAAUUAGCUGUGUCUUAAUAUUUCCUGUCUCUUUCCAAGCAGCUGCCGGUCGUGUUCGGGCGUUGCGCGGCGGUCGAACGUCUCGCGGCGCCGGCGCAGCCUUACGCGCGUACGCGCUACACCUUGCGCAAGACAAAAGCACGACGUUCGCGCAGAACGUUGACAACUUUAUCGCUUGCACUCUGGACUCGAAGGAGACGUGCCCACAGGUAAUGAUGCGAAACAUGAGACAAUUCAUGUCCGGCAUGAAAAAUUACCUCGUGAAGCAUGGAGAGAGAGAAUUCGAAAAGGAAGUUGAGAAAGAAAGACUUAAGCUGAAACCGACUGAAUUUUUAAAUAUCGACGCAAUAUUAGAGGGAGUAAUGCAUCGGCUCGUGGUGCGACCGUUAAGAUCCAAGCUUUAUACAUUGCUGGCGUCUUGGCACGCGGCAGAUGUACGCCAGCUUCACGCAGCGAUCGAACGAGCACAGCACGCGACGCCACUGCAGCUUGGAGUCAAGGAAUCAACAAAAGUGCCGUCUUCUGCAGUUUUGGCGGUGAUAUCAAAACAUUUUCUCAAAAUGCAAGAAGCUGACUCGCCUUUGGACAAACUUGAAAAUCUUCUUGCGGCUAUAUCUGUGAUGUUUAAUGCGAUGCGUGGAGAACGAACCCUUGGCGCUGACGACCUCCUCCCAGUGCUUGCUUGGACGGUAGCCCGAUGUCGUUUGGUGUGUGCUGAGUUGGAAGCGGAGUUGAUGGCUGGUCUCCUACCAGCAGCGUUACUCGCUGGAGAAGGAGGAUACUAUCUCACCGCGCUGUUCUCUGCUGUUGCGGUGUUGAAGCGGCUAGCACCGGAACCAGGACCGGAUAGUUCUGCACCGUGGCGAAGAGGUUCAGCGGAAGGUGGUCGUGACACAAGCGUGGCCGUGGUCAGAGUGGCUCUUCCAGAUGAGUGUCGGGGUUCGAUUCGCCGCGUGGCCCUCCCCUGCCGGCCAGGAGCCAGGGUUAAGGACCUCUGUCGGGCUCUCGCUCACGCUGCAGCCAUAACCAAUCCCCAGGACUAUGCCCUGUUUGCAUUACACGAUGGACAAGAAACAAUGCUCAACGAGAACGAUUGCCCACAAGAAGUGAUGUCAGAGAAAAGUGGACAGAACUUCAUACUGGCGUACAAGAGAAUAGAUGCGAAAAUCGCGUGGCCCCAACAGGCGUUACUGUCUUACCCAUAA